AUGCAGUACGGUCGUUCUGCUUAUCUUUUCAAACUUGACAUUCGGAGUGCUUUCCGCAUUGUACCUGUGCGGCAGGAAGACUGGCCUCUGCUAGGUAUUCACUGGCAAAACCAAUAUUAUUUCGACACUGUGCUCCCCUUUGGCUUACGCUCCAGCCCUGCCAUUUUUAACUCUAUUGCCGACUGCCUUGAAUGGAUUGCUCGCUAUGAGUUUUCUAUUACUGACCUGCUCCAUUAUCUAGAUGAUUUCCUUUGCAUUUCUCCAUCGGAGCUGGUGGCGAACCAACGUGCUUCAAUCCUGCUUCGCUGUUUUAACUAUGUCCAAGUCCCCUUGGCACCUGACAAAGUGGAAGGUCCAGCUCAAGUGCUGUCGUUCCUGGGCAUCGAGCUGGACUGUGGCAGACUGGAGGCCCGGCUACCAGACACCAAGUUGCAAGAUCUCCGCACCUUGCUCGACCAGUAUGUCAACCGUGGCGACAUGACCCAACGCGAACUCGACUCACUAUUGGGAAAACUCUCCUUCGCAGCUCGGGUAAUUAUACCUGGUCGGACAUUCAUGCGCCGACUCUGGGAUAUUUGUCACCGCUACAGUCAGCCACACUAUAAGAUCAAACUCUCAGUCGAGGCCCUGGAAGACCUGAAGUGGUGGCAACGCCUCCUCUCGCAAUGGAACGGAAAGUCCUUCUUUCAUAUGCCAAAUUGGACCCCGUCUCCCGACAUCCAAUUGUUUACCGAUGCCAGCGGUUCGAUCGGCUGGGGCGCAUGUUAUGGCCAUCGCUGGAUCCAGGGACAGUGGUUGCCGGAACAAGCCGACUACUCCAUCGAGUGGAAGGAGAUGUUCGCCAUUGCCGCAGCUUGCUCCUCCUGGGGCCUUGAAUGGCGCAAGCUCCGCAUACUCGUGUACUGCGAUAACGAAGCCGUAGUGGCAUGCCUGUCCAAUGGUUGUAGCCGCUCCCCCCCAGUCAUGGACCUGAUACGACGGCUGUUCUUCAUGUGCGCUAACUUUGGCUUCAUUCUGUCAGCAAAGCAUAUUCCAGGAUGCACUAACAAAGCCGCUGAUGCUCUGUCUCGUUUUAACAUGCAGGCGUUUCGCGAGGCGGUUCCGGGAGCUCGGGCGACAGCCGACCUGUUCCAGUCAUUCUAA